AUGUCUUCAUACGAACUGUACAACGUCUCUUUCACAGACCUUUCUCCUCUAUGCCAGUACAAUCCUUAUCGGGACGGCGCCAUCGAUUCUUCAUGGACCAUCACGUAUCCUGAUGGAGACGCACGGGUGAGUCUGCCCUCCUUCACAAAUGCAUACACAACCUAUUUAGAGGGUGCUUCGGUUGACAUCCAAUGGGUUGGCACCGCUGUCUGGGUUUAUGGACAAGCGAACUUGAGCCAGUAUGAAGUUCAGACAUCAUGGGGAAGUGGGACAGUUCUUGGAGAAGGGACUAGCUCAGCCGGGGGCUUGCUUUAUAGCCAACAAGGACUGAACUAUGGGCCGCAGUCCAUUUCACUGAUAGCCCUCAGCGGACCCGUCACGAUACAGAAUGUGAUAGUCACAGUAGGAAUGGGUGACCUUGGCACCUCUCUGGAAACCCGGAACGUAUCGGCUGUGACAGGUUCAGAUUCGGACCUCGAGGUCAAUCCCUACUUCACUAUAUCUAGUGAGGCCGGCUGGUUAGCAGAAUACGACUAUGGCGGCGAUGGGCUUACAGAGAACUACCCUCGGAUCGAGACUGGUACGCCGGGCGCUUGGGUCUCGUUCAAUGUCAGCACGGCUGUGGCUGUUGCCAUCUACGGGAGUCUGCGUUAUGAUCAAGGUGGAUACAGUGUGAACAUUGAUCCUGCACCUCCAUUGUGGUCGAACACUACCUUCCAGCUGAACGCCACACUGCCAUGGCUGGUUCGGAACGAGCUCAAAUUCCUCGCGACAGGACUAGACAGAACACAAAAUUAUACCAUCAAUUUGACCAACAGAGAGGCUGGACUGAAUGUGGCGCAAGUCGUUCUCUACGACGCUCCUCCCGCGUAA